ACAUAGUCUCUUCCUCUGUGUCUGGUCUCAUUGCCGAUGAGAUGCGGCCCCAAGUGAACCUUCCAGAAACCGAAAUAGUCCUGCAUGACCAGGACCCUCUCGGGGUGCUGUUGUGCACGCACUGUUCCAUCUGUUCCCUCUUACUCCAUCCAUCUUCUUGACCGCUUCUCUUUCUUCUCUGUAGUGUGUAUGAUUUCUCUCUCACUCCAAUUUCCUUUUUGGAUUUUUAUCCAAUUUUCAUUUUAUUUUCUUUUCUUGUUCCGUCUUUCUAAAUAUUCAAUUUCAUUUUAAUUUAUUUUUCUUCUCUGAAUAUUCUAUUAAUUUUAUUCUAAUUUUUAUUCAUUAAAUUUUUUUACCUCCCUUCUAGGAUUAUCUCAUAUUCCUAUUCCACUCUAGAAUGCU